ACAUGAUUCAAAACGCAAUAAAACGAAGAGAGUGAAUUUUUCAAAAUCGAAUUUUCUUUUUAGUGGCCAAACAUAUUAAUUGAAAUUGGUAUUUGUUUUUCUUCUAUCAACAAUCAUGGUCGCAACAUUGAUAUCCGAUGUGUUGUCCAGCACUACUAAUUCAACAAGUGGCGAUGUAUCAUUUUGGUCACGGCUGAACGAAGUAAAAUUCAUCCAUGGUUAUAUUGCAUCAUUUUCUGUCAUUAUUGUUUCAGAAUUGGGUGAUAAAACUUUUUUUAUUGCGGCUAUAAUGGCUAUGCGUCAUUCAAGAUUAAAAGUCUUUGCUGCUGCCAUGUUCGCCAUAUUGAUCAUGAACACAUUGGCUGUGUUGAUGGGUAUGGCAACAACUGUUAUACCACCGGUCGUAAUUAAAUAUGUAUCCAGUGGUCUUUUUCUAAUAUUUGCCAUUAAAAUGUUUUAUGAAGGUUGUAAAAUGAGUGAUGAAGAUACCAAGGAAGAAAUGGAGGAAGUUCAAAAAACAAUAAAUAAAAAAGAACUAGAUUCAUCUACUGAUUAUGAAAGUAUAUCGCAUCAAGAUCCUGAAACUGGUAUUAUCAUAGCACCUCGUAAACUAUCGGUAGCAACAAAAAUAAGACGAAAAUUAAUGCAAUACGUAUCAUUAGUUUUUAUCGAAACAUUCACUAUGACCUUUUUAGCCGAAUGGGGUGAUAGAUCUCAAAUAUCUACCAUUAUAUUGGCAGCAAGUGAUGAUAUUUAUGGUGUAUUCUGUGGCGCCUUAUCCGGUCAUUUUAUUUGUACUGGCAUUGCCGUACUUGGCGGUCGUAUCAUAUCUCAAAUGAUUUCAGUCAAAACUGUCACUAUACUGGGUGCAUUCAUUUUCCUUUUAUUCGCAAUAUUAGGCAUAUUUAUUAAUUGAUUUUAAAUAUUUGUUAAAGUUGUCAUUUUUUUAAUUAUUAUUAUCAUCAUCAGCGGCCAAUCACCUAUUAAUGGAUUACUGAUUCAACGUUGUUCGAUGAUCUCAUUUCACCCAACAAAGAAUUCAUAAAGACAUUUAUUCAGACUUUCUU